AGCACAAUCUCUGUCUAUAAAGCAUUUAAACAUGGCUGUAUCAUUUCUCUUCAAUAGCUUUUUUCCUUUUAAAUAAAUUAACGUUUUGAAAAAGAAGUUUCAGUUUCAAUUCUCUCUUUCAUUCAAUCUUUGCUCUGAAGCUUCAUGCUUUCAAUUCCAUCUAUUUAAAGCUCUCAAUAGCGAACUAGUUUCCUCCCUUUUCUCACUCUUUAUUGCCUUCUCCCCUUCUCUCACACAUCUCUCUCUCUCAAAUGGCAUCAGCAGCAGCAGUAACUGAAGACGCUUCAGCAGAACCCGUAAACUACAAGACUUGCGUACUGAGAGUAUCAAUUCAUUGUGAAGGUUGCAAGAAAAAGGUCAAGAAAAUUUUGAAGAAAAUUCAUGGUGUUGAGGAUAUUAUAAUUGAUUCGAAGAUACACAAAGUGACUGUGAUUGGCAACGUAAAUGGAGAAGCUUUACUUAGGAAGCUUUUGAUAAAAGGGAAACAUGCCGAGUUCUGGCCUUCUCCUCCUUCUCCUCCUCAGAAGAUUACUCAAACCAAAGAGAAAAAACAAGAAACUUUGAAGAGUGAUGAAAUUAAGAAAGACCAACAACCUCAAAUCAAUAAAGAUGGUAACUCUGGUGAACCAGAACAGCAGAAUCAGAGCAAACCAGAAGAAGAAAAAAUUCAAGUUAAGGUCAAAAACAUCCCCAUUAAUGGCGAAACCAGCAACGACAACAGCAAUAAGUCUGCUAAUGAAGGAGUUCAGGCCGAAAAGGGGGUUAAUGGUCCAACCCAGGAGGCAAAAGGCGAGGGGAAAUUGCCAGCAAACGCAUCUCCGGUUAACCCUACGCCGGCAACCGACAACACGGGCAUUGAAAACGGCGUAGCCGCUGGAACUGACAAAGCUGUUGGGAGUGGCAUUGUUCGUAAAAAGAAAGGAAAGAAAGGGCAAAAGAGUAGCGAGACAUCUGAAACCGUACAAAUUUCUGGGGAUACAGCGAGAAGCAUUGAGUUGUCAUCUCAUCCAGCUAGUCAAGCAACAGAAUCGGUGUACCGUGUCCCUUCUUCGCGUCAGCAUGCAAAUCCUUAUCCAUCGUACGAUACACCUCCAACUUGCGUUAUGAGUUACAACACAGCCAACCCUAGCAGUAGUUACAGUGAGACAUACUAUGCCCAACCACCAACUUACACGUAUUCCCAACCACCACCACCAUACAUGCACGCACAACCACCACCACCGUCGUUUGUGUACUCCGAUUCACCACCGCGACAGCAUCCCCAACAGCAAUCGGAUUCGUUUACAAUGUUUAGCGAUGAAAAUGCAAAUGGAUGUUCCAUCAUGUGAUGUAAUAUUUUCAUUUUGAUCAUCCAGGGUUUUAAGAGAAUCUUUUCAAUCCAGCGGUGUUAAAUUAAUUAAGCUUAUACUCUUUGUAUAAGUAUUUCUUUCGGGGGAGGGGUAUACUUUUUGUAUAGGAUCAAAAAUGAAAAUAUAUGAGAAUAUUAGGGGUAACAUUGUAAGAAGGUGGUAGCAUAAUUAAUUAGCCUUCCCUUUUUUUUUCUUUUAAUGUAGGAGAAUAUUGAUAGUAGUUGUUAAAUCAAAUCCUUGUAGUAGUGUUUAGUUGUUUGUGGGGUGUCUAAUUUCUCAAUUAUGUACUCAUGUGUCAAAGAAGGUUUUGAUAAUGAAAUGAGAAAUGAUAAACUAGUUUAAUGAGAAAAGAUGUAUUAA